AUGCAUAUGAUAUCACAACCACCACCAUCACCAUCUCUUCACAACAACGUUUCUUUUUCUCCUUCCCUACAUGAACAUCUAAGACCAAGAUAUAUCAGAUAUAUAUUUCUUAAAGCCAAAAGAAACGUACAUCAUCUGCUCAUUCUCGACACCUCCUCAAUCUUCAGAUUUGUAGACUUGGUUGGAAGUUGUUUCCAAGGAGUUGAACCUGGUAUAAAGUUGCCAUAA